AUGCGUGACGACGGCGCUUCCCUGGACAAGAAGCGGUUCUUGGAGCUCUGCUACGAGUGCAAGACCACGGGCAAUGAGAAUCGUCUCUUUGAGUACCUGGAGGAAGACGGCCAGGUGGAUUUCGAGACGAUUGAGCAGAAGGCAGGCGCCGAAGUCAAGGAGCUCCUCGCCGAGGAGGAGGCCAAGCGCAAGCAGGAGGAGAGGUUGGCCGCGCGCUUGGCGAGCCGCGAAAAGAAGCUGCAGGAAGAGAAGGAGAAGAAGCAAAAGAAGAAGGCCAAAGACGAAGACAGCGGGUCCGAGGGCAGCCCGAGCAACGGCGGCCAGUCGCCCAAAGGCAGCGCGCCGAACAGCCGACUACCAUCACCGGCCGGGAAGGUCCCUCGGCCGAAAGUGCAGUGGCCAGCAGGCUUUGGGCAUCUCGCCUUGCAAAUGAGACCGCGCCAGGUCAAGCUGACGAAGUCAAGCUCCCUGCCAAACGUCGCCCUGCGAUGCCAAUGGAAUGCCGGGGGGCCCGGGCGGCCCGGUGAUGACAUCGAACAUGCUUUGGGGCCCAAAGCCAUAGUUGAGGAGCGCAACGCCCAGCUCAAAGCGAAAGAGCUGCUCGACCCGGAUGAGUCAGAGGAGGAGGAGGACCCGUUGCAGUACUUCCUGGGGCUUCAGCCAGGGCAGUAG